GCCUCGCAGCGGAGCACACGUGAGAAGCGGGGGGUGGGGGUUGACAUUUUCGCGUGCAAAACAUCGGUCUUUCAUCUGUGUUUUCACUUUUCUGCGAGUCACGACGAAGAGAUAAGAGAGUCGGAUUUCCCGAUGAUACUUCAAUAAACACUGACUGGGACUGUUUUAAACAAACAAAAAAAAAACGGGAAGUGCAGAGGCUGGAGAGAAUACUUCCUGCUAUCCGGCUAUUUGACACACAUUUGGCAUGAAGCAAACGGUCAUGGUAGCAUCCUCCAUAUGUGUGUGAGUGAGAAAGAAACAAGCUUGAUCAUUUGUGAAUAAGGGUUCAGCGCUGACCUGGGAAAUGAAACAGGAGUACCAGGAUCUCGUCCUGCGGGCGUGUGGUGCCCCAUCUCUGCGUGUCGGCGCAAAGAUCCAGACCCUGUGGAGCGGUUACGGGGAGAUAGUCAGGCUGCAUCUGGAGGGCUGCGACCGGCCGUCCGUGGUGGUCAAACAUGUCAAGUUUCCAGAGGAGGCCGAGCACCCAGGUGGCUGGAACACAGAUCGCUCCCACAGACGUAAAGUGAGAUCCUACCAGGUGGAGACACACUGGUACCAGAACUAUUCCACCGACCCGAGCUGCCGCAUCCCCGCCUGCCUGGCUGCCUGUUCCCAUGGAGACGAGAUGCUGAUCGUGCUGGAGGAUCUGGAUGUGGCAGGUUAUGAUCAGAGAAGGACCAGUGUGAAGGACAGAGAGAUAAGGGCUUGCCUCAGCUGGCUUGCCCACUUCCAUGCUCUGUUCCUGGGUGUGGCACCAGAGGGGCUGUGGCCUGUCGGCACCUACUGGCACCUGGAGACCCGGCCAGAUGAGCUGGAGGCCAUGGACGACGCCGAGCUAAAAGCAGCAGCCGGUGACAUUGACAGGAUCCUCAACGAAUGUUGCUUCAAGACCAUCGUUCACGGGGACGCCAAGUUAGCCAACUUCUGUUUUUCCCAGAGUGGACAGGACGUGGCGGCUGUAGACUUUCAGUAUGUCGGUGGGGGCUGUGGGAUGAAAGAUGUGGUGUAUUUUCUGGGGAGCUGCAUGGAGGAAAAGGAGUGUGAAAAUAGGGUCAAUGGCUUACUGGAGUACUAUUUCACAGAAUUAAAGCUAGCUGUGAAGCAAGAUGUGGACUUUGCGGCCCUACAGAAAGAGUGGAGAGAGAUGUUUGCAUUUGCCUGGACAGAUUUUCAUCGUUUUCUGCUGGGAUGGAUGCCUGGACACUGGAAGAUCAACCGGUACAGUAAACAGCUGUCCAAGGAGGUGCUGCGCAAACUGAAGCUGUACGAGAAACUUUAAACGUCAGACAACCGCAGAAGCAAGCGCGCGACUGACAGGUGAUCAGCUGGAAAUCCGUUUAGGGAAAAAUAAAUCGCCCGCAAGCGCACACAUUAAAUCCUUUCCUCGCCCGUUUACGGUGAAGCAUGCUUGUCAAACCAUUUCUGGAUAAAUAAAAGUUUUUGAAAAA